CGCGCUCCCAGCCCCCGGCCGAGACUCCUCUCUCUCUCUCUAGGGUUUUUUUCCCCACUUCGCUUUGCUUCCCCACCUGCUCUAUCUCCACUUGUCCCCAUCACCGUCGCCAUCAACCACCCCUCUCUCCUCUCUCAUCGGCUCCAAUGGCGGACGCCGACGCCAAGCCCCCGCCCCCCGACGCCGCGGCGUCCCCGGUUCCCUCGAUCUCGCCCUCCUCUGUAGGCGCCGGGAACGCGGUCGACGCAGACGCGAUCGAGAAGCAGCUCGCCGGCCUGGGCAUCGCCGUCGCCGGCAACGGCGGCGGGUUCCCCGAGCCAUCGGGCUGGGACGAUGGCCCCGUGCCAGUCCGCAUCCCGGCUGCCGUCCUUGUCGGCCGUGAUGAGGGUGCCGACGAGAAGCCGCCGGCGCCGGCGCCGACGGGGGCAGUGGAUGUGAAGUUGCGGUUCCCGCGCCGGCCCGGAGAGCCUGACUGCAGCUACUACCUCAAGUUCGGCACCUGCCGCUUCGGGAUCAAGUGCAAGUUCAACCACCCUGCGAGGAAGAAGAAGAGUAGUAGGGUGAGAGGCAGUGGGAGCAACAGCAGCAGCAAUAAAGCAUCGUCUCCUGAUGAUGAUCAGGCUCCUAGAGAAGAAUACGAAGGCCUUGUUCCAGACAUUUCGGAUUCCAUGGGCUUUGAUGACAAGGGGAGCUUAUCUAGCUCAGAAAUCUAUAGGAAGAUGUCAUAUGAAGUUAUUGAUAUGGAAAGAGGGAAACUAGAGCCAAAGGAAAAGAUUUGUGAAGAACCUGAAAAGGGUAUUUAUUUUAUGAAGUUAGAUGAGACAAAUAUCACAACCCAAAAGGGUGCUAAAGAUAAAAGAAAGGAAACCUUUGCAGAAGGCAACGCUCAGGAGGAAUGCAAGUAUUAUUCAACAUCUGGAGGAUGCAAAUUUGGUAAAGCUUGCAAAUACCUCCACCGUGAGGGAAAAGAAGCGAAAACAGAGGUUGAAAAAGCUGAGCUGAACUUUCUAGGUCUUCCACUGCGACCAGGUGAAAAGGAGUGUCCAUACUAUAUGCGCACUGGGAGCUGCAAAUUUGCGACUAACUGCAAGUUUCACCACCCAGAUCCUACUAACGCGUCUUCAAAAGAACCAGGGUUGGAACAUGAGAAUGCGGAUACACCACUGCAAAAUGUCCAAGGAUCCUGUCAGCCUAGCCUUCAGAUAUGGCCUGAUCACAGAACAUUGAAUGAACAGCAUGUUCCUUUUCUAGCUCCAGCACAGUCAUACGGUGGAGGGAUGGUUCCACCUCAAGGAAUGUAUCCAUCUCCUGAUUGGAGUGGAUAUCAUCAGGUACCUUUGAAUCCAUAUUACCCUCCUGGUGUCCCUUUUCCGCAUUUUCCAGCUGCCCAUAUGAAUCACCCGAUGUACAAGGCUGCAGAUGUACCAGGAAAUCAACCACCACCUUCUGAUGAGUAUCCUGAGAGACCUGGCCAACCUGAAUGCCAGCAUUUUAUUAAGAGCGGUUUCUGUAAAUACAGGAUGAAAUGCAGAUUUCACCAUCCAAGGUCGGGCCAGUCUGCACCUCUAACAGGUCUUAGCCCCAUCGGCUUGCCUAUCAAACCUGAUCAACCUGUGUGCACGUAUUAUGGCCGCUAUGGUUUUUGCAAGUAUGGGCCAGCUUGCAUGUUCAACCACCCCUUCAACUUCGGUCCUCCUGUGCCGGCAGCAGGACCACCCCUCCCCGGGCAAUACCCAACACCUGGAAACUUCACUGUCUAGCAGGCAUGGGAUGAGCGAUUUUUCUGAGGUCACCAUGAAUGCUCGUAAUAACUUCCACUUGUAAAAUAGCGUAGACAAGCUGUACGUGGUUGGCGGUAGACAUCCAGCAUGUAGGCGCAACAAAGUUGCAUGGAGCUGGGUACAUUACAGUUGGUAUUCAUGGAAACGGAUCGAACCUGUGAUAGUAUUGCAAACUUUAUGCUGUACAGCAAGUUACAGUUCGUACAUAAUCUGCCAUUGCAUUUAGAAUCCUGAUUGCUAGAUGCAUGUUUUGGUUGCGUAAUAAGUUGUUAUCAAAGUUUGGUCAUACGUGGGCAAGGGUUUUGUGGAAUUA